CGACGAUAUCCUCAUCAUCGUCGAACGCAUUCGUCGUCGUUGGCCGUGGAUAUAAGGGCAAGUUAUCAAGCAAGGUCGCCCCAGAAACACUCAGUGAUCUCCGGUACAGCCCUCUGCGACUCAGAUCUUCGAAAAACUGCCCUCGCUUCUCAUCUCGAAACACAACAUGUCUCUCACUCGCGGCGUCUACGACCCCUUCUCCGAGUUCGAGCGCUUCUUUGACGACGCGUUUCUCACUCGUUUCUCGGGAGGUAAUGCGAAUGCAAACCGCGAAGUUGCGGCUCGUCAGCCUUUCCGGCCCAAGAUGGACAUUCGCGAAGGCGAAAACAACACCAUCACCGCCACCUUCGAGCUACCCGGGCUCAAGAAGGAAGAUGUAAAUAUUCAGCUGCACAACAGCCGCCUCACCGUCUCCGGUGAGACAAACGCCUCUGCUGAGCGCGAGAAGGACAGGUUCUCUGUGCGUGAGCGCUCGUUCGGCAAAUUUGAGCGCUCUCUCGGGCUGGGUCAGGGAGUCAAGGAAGGAGAUAUUAAGGCGAGCAUGCAGGACGGUGUCCUUACCAUCACGUUCCCAAAGGCUGCUGCGGAGCAAGCGCCUAAGCGCAUUUCCGUCCUCUAAAUGACCCUUCCGAGUACAUGGGCGACUUCAACGGGCAGACGUGAACUAAUCAUUUUACAGUUAAUCCCAAGCUUCAGUGCUAUUUUCAUCAAAUAGUUGUUGGUUUGCGUAGUUCUCAUGACAUUUGUAUACACGUGUUUCUCUCUCGGAGUGUGUUGAUAGGAAUGUAUGGCAUUGCUCAUCACAAGGUUACUCAUAAC